UUAUGGUGAGAGUAUAGGUCGGGGAAGGUUUUUGCCCCUGUUAAAAAUGGCGGAACUGUUUGCGCCGACCAUCAUUCGUAUUAGAGUACGGAAUGGCGUCAUUUUAUUUAACGUUCCCUCAGCUACAGGUGACGACGUGAAGUUGCAGGGGCUUAGAGGAGCCAAAGAGAAAAUCGUCUCCAUAAUCUAACACAAAUCAAUAGGAUAUGGAUCUGAGGAAAAAGGAUCCAUGUCUACAAGAUAACGUGGACGUCUUGCUGAUUGACAGCAGAGGAGUUCCUUACACCGUUAAGAAGAAAAGUAACAAUUCACGUUCUGGCAGAGCGCAAUCACGAAAAUGUAAAAAACGGAACAGAUGCACUACUCAAGCGAAUGGGGAAAAUGUCACUUCAAAUGCAACAGAAGGAAAGCCUUUAAAAUGUACAUACUGUGGAAAGCUAUAUAAAUGGCCGUCGCAUCUAAGGUACCACAUGCAGAGUCAUACCAACGAAAGGCCUCAUAAGUGCACCAUAUGUUCGAAGAGCUUCAAAGAUGUCCAUAAGCUUGCCAGGCAUCAGCAGACUCACACAGAACUUGGAGAAGACAUGGCAGACGUGAAGGUGCACAAAUGCCAUGUUUGUGACAAGCCUUUCAAAUAUCGAUCAGAUCUAGAUAAGCAUAGCUUUAUACACACAGGAGAGAAGCCAUUUAAAUGUUCGUUAUGUAGUGCAAGCUUCAGGCGCAUUGACCAUCUGAAGAGACAUAAUUAUAUCCACACAGGUGACCGGCCUUACAAAUGUAGUGUUUGUAUGAAAGGCUUUUUGGAAGCCACAGAACUUGUCAAACAUGAGAGGGUUCACAGUGGCAAUAAACCAUACCAGUGCACCCUUUGUAACAAAAGCUUCUCACUUUCACGAAGCCUGAAGGAACAUAAAAUUGCCAGCCAUACAGUGGCAGAGCUGGAGAACGCUCUACAAGAUACCAGUUACAGGAUUACAGCUUCUAAGGACAGAAGCCCGAACUCUGAAGCAGCCUUAAAAACCGAACAAGAACAGCUAGAUAUAAGGAUAGUUGAAUUUUCCUCAGCAGGUAGUCUAAAUGUAAUAACUGUUUGUCUUUCUGAUGAUGACAGUGACUUGGAUACAUUUAAGAAAGACAAUUAAUGUUUACAUCCUUUUUUUUAUACAGAUUUAGGGUUUCUAAAUCCUCAGACGCUCUAUAUAAAAUGAAAUUUUAUUAAAAUAAAAUUAUAAAUC